AUGCUUGCAGCUGCAGAGGACCCCACACAUGGGCUCAGAAGCAUGAUCAUGACAACAGGGGUCCGUAGUGUUUCACGGAUCAUGGACAGGGAGCAGAUGAGGAUGGCCAUCCUGAACCAAGAACAGAUCUUCAGACAACAGGUACACGAGCUGCACCGGCUGUACCAUGUCCAGAAGCAGCUGAUGCAGCAGGCACAGACUGCUGCUCCGGCGAGCCGUGCUCCGGCUCCGGUCGUCGUAGACGUCAAGCCAAGGCCACAGCAACUGGACAUCUGGUGCGUCGAGAAGGUGACAACAACUCCUCAGCAGCAGAUCAUCAGCUUCACCAGCUGCAACAAGGCCACAACGCCGACGCCGGCCCCUGCACUCGCCGAGGAAUGCAACCUUGAGCUGACACUGGCAACGGGACCAAGCAGCAGCAGCAGCUGCGAUGCUGAGAGGCGACAGGGGAAGCGGCUCAAGGCGUCGUCCAACUCCGGCUCCGGUGCGACCGCGGUGUCGUCCACGUCGACGGACUCCGAGCUGGCGCAGUUCAGGGAGGUCAACGCAGCGUCGCCGGUGAGAUUUCACGGCGAGGUUAGCAGGAGGAUGGACGAGAUCGCGCAGGGUCCGUGGAUGUACCAGUGCCUCAGCCUGAAGAUGGCGUGA